AAGAAACGUACGCUCCCCGGAACUAGGCACCAUGUCUUCUAUCAUCGCCCGCUCUGCCUUCCGCGCCGCUCCCCGCCUUCGCGCCUCUCCUGUGACCCGCCGCUGGGCCAGCGCCGCCGCCGAGGGGGAGAGAGAAGCUGGCAAGCAGGCGCUCCAGACCGGAGCCAAGCGCGACCCUGAGCUCUAUGUCCUCCUGGCUAUCAUGAGUGGUGUCUUUGGCCUGGCAGGAUGGCACUUUUCCCGCUCUCCUACCAGCGCCUCGUCUGAGCGAGCUGUUGCCAAGGCCGAAGGCAGCGAGCCCUGGAAACAAGAGGGAAGCACCGGUCCCUACCAAUACCACCCUGGCGGUGACACCAGCGUUAAGAAGGAUGCGCCUUCGGCUCUAAACGUGGUGGUCAUUCCUAACGUGACACUCCCCAAGGAGCUCCACGACACCUACAACAAGUGGGGCAAGGACGGAUACUAAAAGGUCGUGGCAAGCCUUGACGCUUGAGUUGCACUCGUGGAGGGGCCACGAUCCAACGGCUCUAAGAUUUUCUAUGUUUUGCAAAGACACAUCUGUAUAUACCUAGAGCACUCGUGGGUGAUCAGGACCUUCGAUGUCAGGCAUCAACAAUCACAAAUUUGAACUUCAGUGA